GAUCGCCGGGACAGGCUGGUAGUGCGUUCACGCUGCACCUACGAUUCAGUACGAAUCUUGCUACCGAGCAGCCGGCCGCAUCUUAGGGCACCUCGCCGCAUCUUAAGAUCGCCCCCCAUUUCGUUAAGAUUCCGCAGAAACUCGGUGUGUGUGCGAGUGUGUGCCGAGGGCACCUUUCGAUCAAAAUUCGCUCCGUGUGACGCGUGACACAUCGUCGUGCCACUGGCGUUUGGUGUUAGAACGGAAGCCGCGAAAACGAACCACGCGAGUGAAGUGAAUUUCGUGAAGUUUCGUCCCCCUCGGGAAAGAAGAUCGGUGCGGCGGCGACGGCGCGUGGCGUGCAGUGAAUCGAUCAUCAUCAUCAUUCGCCGUCAUUUGGGGACGAUCGAGCGGCCCGAAGGAAGGACUUCAAUUCUGGUGCAAGAUGGGAACGUUCGCGUAUCUCACGAUCGCGGUGCCGCUCGUGCUGAUAGUGACGGUAGCGGUGACCUUCGCCCAGGAUCCAGCAUCGUUGUCACGGCCUUUCAAUGAUGGAUCGUUCAAGUUGACCACCAGGACGAGCUUCUCCUGCGCAGGACGGGUUGCCGGCUAUUAUGCGGACGUCGAAACCGGCUGCCAGAUCUAUCACAUGUGCGAUGGCCUCGGGCGACAGUUCAGCUACGCCUGUCCCAACACGACGCUCUUCCAGCAGCGGAUGCUCAUCUGCGACCACUGGUACAUGGUGAACUGUUCCAAGGCGGAGAGCAACUACGCCGCCAACCUGUUGAUCGGCCAACGUGACAAACCGUUCGUGCCGGAGGAGGAAAACGAAAUUCGAACGCCGAGACCGGACCUGCUCGAUCGUCCGGAUGCUCUCGACUUUGGUGGUCCAUCACUCAAGAACUUUUUCAAGUCCAAUGCACCGGCGCUGCAGAAUGCUAUCUUCGAUGCUCAGGCUCGUAACCGACCGGGAGUGAUCGCAGCCACCAGCACCGGUAAGGCGGCCAGCACCAAGAAGACCUCGAACGCCGAAAUCUUCCAGGAGAGUGCCAGCAACCAUGGGUUGCCAAUUCACUGGGGAACACGGUUCGCCGAUGAGACUUCUGAUCGACGAAACUCGAGCAAUUCCACGACGGAACGGUCGGAACAGGAUCGGACACGCACCGACAACAGUAACAAACGGGAUGAGGAAAAGAAUGAAUCCCGCAACACGGUGAGCAUAGCGGUUACUGCCGCGAGUCCGUUGCCGCUUGCAAGGACGACAAUCAGUCCGGUUAGACCCUCGGUAAAGGUUCCGUCGCGUCGCUAUGAACCACCUUUCCUACCGGAAGAACUUUCACGUCGUCAGGGAUCGUCAGGGGAGUCCAUUCCAACGACACCGGCACGGUUCAACGGUGGUGCUGGUAUCACUACGACAACCACUACACGGCCUCAGUUGUCAAACACCCGGUUCAGCACAACGCGAACACCAACAACCACGGUUACGACGACGACGAGGGCUCCGAUACGUCCAAGUCAAUUCACCGCAGGACCAACGCAAGCCAAACAACCGGCACCAGUCGUUCAACAGGCUCUACCUCGUGUGCAGCCAUCGGCACAAUUCGUUCCAACCAGCACCGAAGGUACUAAGAGUGGUAGCAGCAACAUCCCAUCGUCAGAUCCCCGUCAGUCCAGUUUGGCCGCAUCGCCUAUCCUUUUCAGUCCACCAGCGGCAACGGCUGGUCUGUUCGAGAAGCGAACCCAAACCGUACCGCUUGGUAUUCGACCGGACCGUGUACCGGUUCCUUCGCGCGAUCUACUUCCACCGUUCGAGAACAUCGCCAACUUUGAUCAAAUCAAAACACGGUACACCAGCCAAUCGAUCUACACUCGGCCAUCGAUCACGGGCGAUCCAUCGGCUGGUCCGGUGAAGACAGCCAUCGACAAGCUGGCAGAUGCGGUACCGGUUCGCAUUCCCCAGCCAGCGACGAACGUCGGUGCGUCGGAUAAGAUCCCACGGCCUUUCAGUGUACCGGCGCCAGCGAAUGAUUUGUUGCCACCGCACAAAGAGUACGUGUUCCAUGAUGACGCCACAACGCAAGGGCCACCGAUCUACUACCAGUGGAAGUGGUCCGUUCCUUCGUUCGGUCUCGAUCCACCCGGAUUGGAGGCACCACCGCCACCACCACCAGCAGCAGCAGGGGCAGAAGUCCCUGGAUCCGUUCUGCUUGCUCCAACAUCCGAUGUGGAUGCUUCGGCCGCAACAUCGGUUCCGAUCGAGGUGAAACCGGAUGAAACGGAACGGUUCAUUGAACAGCUUAAUCCGACCGCACAGCAGGACCACGACGGUGAAUCGGGUUCACCGAGGCGUGGUGCCAGCCGUGAUCACAAUCAAUCGGCACGUUCGAUCUCCUCGGAGACGGGAAACUUGGGUGAGAACCGGGUGGUGGAGGUUGAGCCGAAGCGAGUGGUGCAGCUACCGCAACACAACUACCUCGCCCUGAGGCAACAGUUCGCGAUACCGGACUUUACCUUUCCGCUCGAUGGCGCCACCAUGGGAGGUCAGUAUGGGCAUGCGGAAGCGGUCGAUUCGUUUCAGGUUCGCAUUCCCAGCGAUGCGGCACCACGGACGGUCGAGGCGGUGAAGCGAUCGUGGUACGGUGAGAAUGCCCGGUGUCCGGAGUGUCAUCCCAGUUUCCUGCGGCCCGGUAGCUGUGAACCGUGUGUGAAGGUGCGUCGAUGAAAUGACGUCACACACAGAGCGUGUAGCAGAUAAUGCACUCAUCCUUCAUGCACCAUCCCAGUCCCUCAUUCGCCCUUUUGCCCCCCCCCCCCCCCCCAAACAUCAUCUUCAUCGAACCACCCGAUCCAGGAUGACAUGGAUCCGCAUUUGCCGUCGCACCUUCGUCUCAUUUCUCAUGCGCAGACACCGUUGUGCCGAUGUAAAUACACGAUUUGUACUUAAAAACACGCUAAAUAAACUCAUUUCCGUAUGUCGAUUUCAUGGGCGGCAUAGCAUCUAUG